CCAGAGAGGACCGUCCCAUCGGCCUCAUCAGGCCCGGACUACCAACCGCGUUCUAUCCGGCAGCCCAGCAGACUGGGAUCGGCAGUCCGUGCCUGCCAACGUGCAAUGGUCUAGUGUCAGCAUCAUGGCGCUCUGCAUAACCAGUCCGGCUUUGAGGAGGCUGGGAGAUCAUUCGGUGAGGGGAGGUGACACGCUAUGUGCAGUUCUGCAUUUGCCCGAAACUCGAUUCGGACUAGAAUCCUCCCGUCUCAACAAUGCAUCCUGGCGAGCUUAGCUGGUGUUGUCCCCUAUAAAGAGCCGGGACAUCCUCAACCAUCUUCCCCGGACGAUCCUCUCCGACUCCUUCUCACCUUGCCAAAAUUCUUCACUGUCAGACCGUCAAAAUGAAGACCAGUUUCGUUGUUGGUUUCUUUCUCUCGCUCCUCACUGCCACGGCAGCCACCUCGCUGGAUGAGCGGGGCGGCAAGAAGAAGCUCGUCGAGAUGCCCAUCGUCGAUCUCCUGUCUCUCCCCUCGGACGAGCGUUGCCGAGGAGUCGGCGACGAUGAGGGCGACUUGAUCAAGCGUGACGACGGCGAUCUCGAGUCCCGUGCUUCAUGCGACAGGUGCACACCCUACCUCUGCAAAGGUCGGUGCUGCAGAUACAACAAGUGCUGCAAGAAAGAGUGCUGCUUGCCGGUGGCAGACUACUGUGGCAAGGAUGGCCGCUGUUAUAUUUCUUGUUAAUUGAUGUCGAGAAGCUUUGCAGGAGCUUGCUUCGAUUCCCGCGAAAUAGGCGAGGAUCCAGUGACCAAACGACGGAUAUGACAUGAAGUAAAAAAUUAUGAACUCAGGAUGGAAAGGAUAUUGAGCUUGUUGAUGAUUGGAAAUUGGCCUUGCGUGGAACCAGAGCAGCCGCGACGCCGAAUGGUGAUACCUGUGUUGUAUGAGCUCGAAUUGGAUCUUCGCACUAUCGCCUUAGGCAGCGCGCGGUCUAGUGCCUGGUUGAGUAAAUAAUUUCAAGGGACCAGGUGUAUAUACGACAUCCAUACAGGCCGUUGGUAUGGAGCUCCUCUUUGCCUCGUUACGUGCCAGGUUUAACAAAUAAGAUGAAUGAUUCUUGGACUCA